AUGAUUCCAACAACAAACAACACCAAUGAUCAUCAUCAUCACAUUAUGGAAGACUCCCAAGUAUCCUCACCUCCAUCAUCAUCAGCAGCAGCAGCAGUGGUGAGUGAGGAUGCGAUGCAAGAUUCUCAAGUGGAUGAAUCUUUAUCCACCACCACUCUGACCACCACCACUCGUACCACCACCACCUCUUCUUCUUCUAAUAACAAUCAUAACAACACUCCUCCUCUUCCAAUUUCACCUUCACUCGUGGGUUGGACUGAACCCUCCACACUUCAAGAAAAGAGAUCUCUCUAUGCAUGUGGCAAUGAUUUUGUCACUUUGGAUCAAUUAGAGUUAUAUCCAUCAAAUAGAGAAUAUCCAAUAUUAUCUCAAUUCAAUCCUGAACAUGAUGCCAUCAAGAAGGGUUAUUAUGACUAUAAUGAAGCAAUUAAUAAGAAGAUUUCUUUUUUUAGAGGUGAUGUCUCUCAAUUGGAAAUUGAUGCUGUGGUGAAUGCUGCCAAUGAAUCCUUGUUGGGUGGAGGUGGUAUUGAUGGAGCCAUUCAUAGAGCUGCUGGUGGUAUCUUGAGAAAAUACAAUGCUCUUCUUAAUGGAUGUGAUACUGGAUGUACAAAGAUUUCACCUGGAUUUAAAUUACCAGCAAAAUACAUUCUUCAUACAGUGGGUCCAGUUGGAGAGAAUCCUCAAAAACUCACCAGUGCUUACACCACAUGUCUUGAAUUAGUUGAACAAUACAAUAUUAAGAGUGUUGCCUUUUGUGGAAUUUCUACAGGAAUAUUUGGUUAUCCAUUAGAUAAGGCCACAUUCAUUGCCAUGCACACUGUACGUCAAUGGAUGGAAAUUCAUCAUGAAAAGGUAGAUCGAAUUAUUUUCAUCACUUUUUUGAAGAAGGAAGUUGACAUGUACAACACUGUUGCUCCUUAUUUCUUUCCUUUUAAACCUUUACAAGAGAAAUAA